AUGCUCUUGAUCCCUAGUGAAUAUGAAUGCCAAGGCGGCGGUGGCAAGAAUAGCCGCCUCCUAACGAAAACGAACCAGCGAAAAGCCUUAUACAGCAUUGCUGAAGGCAAAAUCUACAACAAUAUUGGAUUGGAAGUGCCUUUUAAAAAGAGGUCUUGUGGCUCUAGCCACGGUUGGUUUGCCACAAUAGAAUCCGUCACAGACCAAGGUCCGAUUAUAGCACUCCGGGACCCUUUCAGAAAUCCGGCAUCGCCCAUUCUUCUCCCUCUCUUGGAUGUCAUACCCAAGAAACGUGACAAAAACUUCCACGAAUUCAAUGUGAUGAGAAAGGUCAUCUUCUCUGCUGACCCCGCUUUGAAUCCAGAUAACUAUGUGGUUGUAGCACUGUUACGUAAAGCUAAUCAUUUUGUGGCUAUUUAUGAAGAAUUUGCUUUCAUUCGUAUGAAAAGAGGCCAAAGCCAAAAACGUUGGACUUGGAUUAGUCCCCCAUUUCCGGUCGCUGAUGUUAUAUCUUACGAAACCCAAGUCCACCUACUUGGACAUCAGGGAGAGAUUUGGUCAUUAGAUGUUAACCCUUAUACUUCAAGAAUACGACGACUAAAGCUGCUUACACAUCCGGACGCAGGCUUCCACCGUUAUAGAGCUACAAGAUAUCUUGUAGAAUCAACCAAGGGAGACUUAAUGCAUAUCGAAAGAGUUUGUAAACAAAUACAAGGGGCCUACAAGAAUGUUAUGACUGAAAGCUUUAGGGUUUUCAAGGUGGUGUUCGACGACAAAGACGGAUAUGUUUUACAACAUGUUGAGGUCAAAAGCAUCGGAGAUGAUGCCUUUUUCAUAGGUGACAAUCAUUCCGUCUCUGUUUUGGCUUCCAACUUUCAUGGAUGCCAGUCAAAUUCCAUAUAUUACACCCAUGAUUUCUCAUCGUCGUAUUUUGUUUACGGAGACCAUAUCCAAUAUGAUACGCUAUAUGAUGACAUGCCAUGUCGCGAUAUGGGUAUCUUUAAUUUAGAGAGCGGAACCAUCACACAACAUUUCUCCUUAGAUCCUUAUUCUGAUUUGCAGGGGUAUAUACCGCCAGCAGUCUGGGUUGUACCCCAGUUUCAUGGACUCUGCUAG